UGAAUACUGUGCGGAAGCAGCCAAAUAGUGCAACGGGAUGGAACGUGAGGAGCAGCACUAAAUGGGCACUUCCAGGCCAGUCCCUCCCCCAAGGAGCCAAUGGGAAUGUGGGAGGAAGCGAGUGACCCAGUGAUGGGGAAGAAGGAUAAAAAUGAGGAGCGGAAGGAGAGAAUCCUGAAUCUCACACUGGAGAUUAUCUAUCUGCUGACUGGAGAGGGCUACGUCAUCCCUAAGAAGAAGAGCCCAACUGUGGGUUUGGGGGCCCUGCAUGCCCCUGGCUCCGUCAUACAGAAGGAAAAUGACAAGAAGAUCCUGGAACUCAUCUCCAACAUCAUCCAGCUGCUAACUGGAGAGGUUGCCAUAAGGUGUGAGGAUGUUUCCAUCUAUUUUUCCUUGGAGGAGUGGGAGUAUAUAAAAGGAAACAAGGCCCUUUACAGGGAAGGGAUAAAGGAGGAGGAGGAGCCCCAGCAGCUCCGCCCACUGGGUCAGGAAGUUAAUGUUACAGCCAAUGGGAUUAAAGAGGAGGUGGCUUCAUGGGAAGGGGGAAACCAAUCAGAUUGCAGCAUUAAUCCCCUUACAGAACAGAUACAGGGAACAGACACACCUACUCCUAUCAUGGGGUGCAGCCUGAAUAACAGCUCGGCAGGGGAUUAUACACCGGUUGUUAUUAAAGAGGAGGCGAGUUCAUGGGAGGAAGAAAAGCCCCUCGCUGAAGGAACACAAGGAACAGACACAGCGACUCUCAUGGGGCGGAGCCUGAAUAGCAGCGUUUUCCCUAAGGAUACAGCCCAUGGUACUGAAGAGGAAUCGGAUUCAUGGGAAACAGACCAUAAUUACUGCAACAUAAAUACAGAGCAGCCCCUGGGAACGGACCAAUCAGCUCCCACCAUGGGCUGCAGCCUGAAUACCAACUCGCCAGCCUAUUAUGUAUCAAAUGGGAUUAAAGAGGAAGUGGCUUCAUGGGAAAGGGGGAACCAAUCAGAUUGCCGCAUUAUUACAAUGCCAGUUACAGAUCAGACGACUUCCGGCAGUGGAUACAGUUUGUAUGGCGGCUUCUCAGAUACGAAUAAUUAUGGGAAAACUGUUAGCGGUUCCAAGCGUAGCUCCCCCUUGAGGAAGCCCCCGGUACAGGGAAAGUUCCGCUGCUCUGUGUGCAAUAAACUCUUUAGAACCAAGACAACUCUCACUCGGCACCAGAGGAUCCACACGGGGGAGAGGCCGUAUUCCUGCUCCGACUGUGGGAAACGCUUUGCGCGCGUCUGCACCCUGACCGUGCACCAGCGAAUCCACACGGGGGAGAAACCUUUCACUUGCGCUGACUGCGGGAAGCGCUUCUCCAGCCUGUCGCAGAUAACCGAGCAUCGGCGGAUUCACACUGGGGAGAAGCCCUUCUCGUGCUCUGAGUGCGGGAAAUGUUUUGCCCACCGCGCCACCCUUAAGAAGCACAAAGCCAUUCACGCGGGAGAGAAACUCCAGGCCUGUACAGAAUGUGGGCUACGUUUCUCAUGUCCACAGCUACUGAGCGACCAUCUCAGGACUCACGCCAGGCAGAAGCCGCUCUGAUGGUGGGAAAUGUGCGUAUGCUUGCGGUUCAUUGCACCCUGUGGCACAAAUAUCUGUGUCUGAUUGUGCCUUUAAUAAAACUGACUGUUUCAGCAACAGUUUGGGGGCAACUAACUUUUUUUCCCCCAGACCUUUGCAUAACUUGUCCUCCAUCUUCCCCUGCAUAAAAUCCCCACCCCUUUUAUGCUACUGCCCGCCCCUUCUGUUCUUCUCUCCCACACACAAGCCAGUAAAAAUAAGAAGGGUGGAAACCCUACCCGUGUAUGAUGGAUGAAGGCAGAGGAGGAGGGUGCAUCUCCCAUUUGGGACGUCUGGGGUGGGAUUGGGUCAAACUCACUAAUUGUUGAAAUAAAUAAAAGCAUUUCUA